AUGAGAAGUUUAGAGGUGGCAGGAAUUCUAAUGAUUCCACUGCUAAUUUGUGGUAUGUUUGGAAAUUUACAAUUGAUGAUUGUUACGUGGAGGUACAAACAGUUGCAACAUCGCAAUGGCAUACUGGUUGCAAUUAUUGCAUGCAUGGAUUUUGUGAGUUUUUAUCAUUUGCGCAUAAAUAAUAUAAGUGAAUUACAUGAAAUGAAGGAUGCGAUUGAAAUAAACACUGGUUUAUCUCUGAUGCGACGCGAAACAUGCUUUCCCACAAUCUUCUUGUACAGCUAUUCUUUUAAUAUGGCCUGCGUAGCAAUUCUUUCUCUAGCCAUUGAUCGCCUUCUUGCCGUUUUGUCACCUGUAAGGUAA